AUGUCCUGCUACAUCUACCAGCUGCCCUCCUGGGUGCUGGACGACCUGUGCCGCAACAUGGACACGCUGAGCGAGUGGGACUGGAUGCAGUUCGCCUCCUAUGUGAUCACAGACCUGACCCAGCUGCGGAAGAUCAAGUCCAUGGAGCGGGCCCAGGGCGUGAGCAUCACACGAGAGCUUCUGUGGUGGUGGGGCAUGCGGCAGGCCACCGUCCAGCAGCUCUUGGACCUGCUCUGCCACCUGGAGCUCUACCGCGCGGCCCAGAUCAUCCUCAACUGGAAACCAGUUCUUGAAAUCAAGUCUUCCAUCCCAGACUUCUUGGACACUGUGAAGCCAGGAAAGCCUUUGGCAGCUUCUGUGAGAAACACUGAGGAUGAGCAAGAAACGGGGCAGCCUGUGAGGCCACCCACCUUUCCAGGCUCAGGACCUGCUGCAGCCAGAGUCAGCCUCCCAGCCUCUCCUGAACAUGCCUCUCCUUCCUUAAAAACCGACCAGCCUGCCUCAGCUGAUUCAAAGGAUUUCAGUGCCUCCAUUCCUAAGCAAGAGACACUUUCAAGCCUCGCUGAAGAUGACCUUUUCUGGAGUGAGGUAGAUGUGAUCCAGGCAACUGAUAACUUCAACCCCAGCCACAAAAUCAGUGAGGGGACCUUUGCCGACGUCUACAGAGGGCAAAAGCACGGCACACCAUUUAUCUUCAAGAAGCUCAGAGAGAUGUCCUGUUCAGGUCCAGGAUCAAUUGAAAAAUUCUUCCAGGCAGAGGUACAAAUUUGUCGUAGAUGCUGCCACCCCAAUGUCUUACCUCUGCUGGGCUGCUGCACUGGAGAACAGUUUUACAGCUUGAUUUAUCCAUACAUGGCAAAUGGUUCUUUACAGGACAGACUCCAGGGUCAGGGUGGCUCAGACCCCCUCCCCUGGCCCCAGCGCAUCAGCAUCUGCUCAGGCCUGCUGCAUGCGGUGGAGCACCUGCACGGCUUGGAGAUCAUCCACGGCAAUGUCAAGAGCUCCAAUGUUUUGCUAGAUCAAAACUUCACCCCCAAGCUGGCUCAUUCGAUGGCUCACCCAUGUCCUGUCAAUAGAACAUCAAAAUACACCAUGAUGAAGACCCACCUUUUCCAGGCCUCCGCUGCAUAUCUUCCGGAAGAUUUCAUCAGAGUGGGGCAGCUGACAAAGCGAGUGGACAUAUUCAGCUGUGGAAUAGUGUUAGCCGAGGUCCUCACAGGCAUCCCUGCGAUGGAUAACAACCGGAACCCGGUUUACUUGAAGGAUUUACUGCUCCAUGAAAUUCCCAGCAGCACCACAUCGCUUUGCUCCAGGAAGACAGGUGUGGAGAAAGAGAUGGCCAAGGAGAUCUGCCAGAAAUACCUGGAGAAGAGAGCAGGGAGGCUGCCGGAGGCCUAUGCCGAGGCCUUGGUCACGGCCGCCUGCCUCUGUCUGCGGAGGCGCAACGCCAGCCUGGCAGAGGUGUGUAGCUCCGUGACUGCUGUGGAGGAGCAGCUGAGAGGUCCGGAGACCUCGCUCCCUUGUAGUGGGCUUUCUGAGGCCACAGGCUCUUCCUCCAACACCCCGGAAGAAACAGAUGACGUGGACAAUUCCAGCUUCAAUGCCUCCUACUCCAUGAGGGCUGCACCCUGGGCUGCGGCUACCCCCUCGCCUCCCCCGACCGCGGAUGAAGAAGGCAUGCUGCUGGCUGGUGGCGCAGUGGACGCUGACUCCUCCGCUGAGGCCUGUGCCUCUCCAGAGCCUCCCCAGGAUGCUACAGAGACUUCGUGGAAAAUCGAGAUCAAUGAGGCCAAAAGGAAACUCAUGGAGAAUAUCCUGCUUUACAAAGAAGAGAAACUGGAUAGCAUUGAGCUUUUUGGCCCCUGA